AGGAACAAAUAGGUUGACAGGAGAGCGGUUACCUUCCAGUCGUCUCCACCAGCAGAGCAGCACCACCGCUCCCUCAGACAAACAGCUCCCUAGGAGUGAGGACAUCACCAUGGAGAUGAAAAGCAUCCUGAAAACUGGAAAGAGAGUGAGCAUCCUGACGGAGGAUCACAACACCACUCAGAGCAGCUCCAUCGGGCCUGUGCGCUGGACGUCUGCGCCUGUGGAGAGCACCCAGGCUCACAACUCGGCACCCAGCGGCACCACAAACAACAGUAGCCUCACACAAAACUCACAGGAGCACCCUCGUCAGACGGGUCUGAAGAACCUCCGCAGCCUGCAGGAGUGUGUGCAGUUCAUCCAUCACUGGAAGGAGCAAGUGGACCAAGUGUGCAAGGGAAGUGUUGAUACCAAGGAGGGCACCAGUAAGAAAGAAGCCCAAAGUACAGACCGGAGAACCGAGCACAGUCUGGAGGAGAGCAGAAAACUGAUCAUGGAGUGGGCUGAUGAACUCCAUCAUGUCGACAAGCUCCUGAAGAAUACCUCCUGGGCUGAGAGUCAAGAAAAGGGAAAGAAAGAUAAAGAUCAGAAAGAGGAAGCUCAACUGAGGAUCAUGGAGUGGGCGAAGGAGCUGCAGGAGGCGACCGAGAGUUGUGGUGUGCAAAGUGAAGAGCUGGGGAAAGUGUUGCGCCUGCUCGGUUUGAAGAAGAAACGACUCGUCAACCUGCUGCCUCUGAUGGAGUUCAUCACCUGGUCUCUGCUCAAAGAAGACAGCGCGAUGAUAGUUUCACAGCUGUGGUUACUGGCAAAGCAAAGGACUUGGAAAGCAGGAACUCCGAGAUACAUCCCAAACUCAGUUUGGAGUUGGAUUUGCAGCGCAGCAGCUGAUGUGAUCCUCGACCCAAAGACCAACAACCCCUGGCUGCUGCUGUCAGAAGACCAGCGUAGGGUCCAGGAGGCCCUCUCAGAGGCGGAUUUACCUUACAGCCCUCAACGCUUUGACAGCUGGCCCGGUGUUCUGGGCUGGGAGGGCUACGACAGCGGCCGCCACUACUGGGAGGUUGACAUAGCCCACAACGGCUACUGGCGCGUUGGCUUGACCACUGCAGAUUCCAAACGUGAAGGCCAUUUCCCCAUGACCCCGAAGCAGGGCUUCUGGACCCUGUGGCGCAGCACACAGAAGUUCUAUGCCUGUACCAAGCCAGAGACCCUGCUGCCCAACGCCCUCGUGGCUCGACGGAUUGGAAUCUACUUAGACUACGAAGAGGGCCAGCUCUCCUUCUACAACGCAGAAACAAAGACCCACAUCUACACCUUCACUGGGAGCUUCAGAGGGAAGCUGUAUCCUCUGUUUGCACCGUUGGAUGGUCGCACACUCAUGACGAUUAUUCCACCUAACAAAAUCUCCACACACUGAGAGAGAUGAAUCUUAACUCUUGGACACGAUGAGGACUCUCAUGGGCUGAAAUGAAAAAUUAGCUUUCAGAAGCCACAAAAAUAUCGGGGAUUUCCCUAAUUGUUACUCGUAAUCUUUCGAUUAUGUCAUAUUACAGAUUUGAACAAUUUCCCUCCUUCAACUGAAUUUAGAGUUUCUAAAGUAGUCACAACUUGUUAAAGAGUCUUUGACACUUAAAGGCUACUGAACCAAGUGCUGCUGAUAUUGUUAAUAGGUGUAUCUGUUCAAAGCAAUAAAAAAGAAUCCACAUUUCUGCAAUGUUGAUCACACUUGGACAAAAACCUUUUGGUGAAUGUAAAAAUAUUUAUUUUCAGAAUAUGCUAUUUUGAAGAAGAGGAAGAGUUUGGUUGAGUUUGUUUAAGUAAGAAGCUUUAAAUGUUGAAAGAUGUCACAGUCACAAUUAUGUCUCGAUUAUAUUAUGACACUGGGCUUGACAAGAUUAUGUGUGAACUCAUUCUGCAUUUAAAUAUAGCAUGAACCGCACAAUGCGCUUUUACAUAAUAAAUAUUUCAAAAACA